AUGUGGUCAAAGUGGUCGCGAGACAAAUCCCUCCAUCUCCCAUGCGCCCCCGCUGUGUCGAGUUCUGGUGGCGGCCUCUCCGGCCAGGCUUCUGCUGCGUCUUCGCCUGCUCGGUCGUCGUCUUCUGCUCGCGCUGGGUCGACGGCUGCCGGUACUCCGCGUCCAGGCGAUGACGCACAGUCGGCUGGUGGCGUGCCUCCGCAACCACUUAUCGAGGCUAUGCGUGGCCGCGAGUCUUCGGUAACCCCGGCAGCAUCUCGCCCUGGGUCUCCUGGUUCUUCUCAGCCUGCUCCUGACAACUCGCGCGGUCGUGGUCAAGUUAUGCGUCGCGACGCCCUUGAGCAGCUGGUCCAUGAUGUACGUGAUGAGUCGUCGGAGCGCAUCUUGGCGGUGCUGGGCUCGAAGCUGGAGUCUCUCGGCCGUCUCUCGGUGAACCUGCAGCUGGGACCGAGCAUCCGAGGUGAUCGCCGCGUGGGUUCUCGCCUGGCGUCGGCCCGGAACCUCGAUGAAGUGGUUACUGCUGCGGAGCCGAACAUGGAUGUUGGCGAAGGCUCGACGCUGGACAUGGCAACUUUGCGCGCCCGGCUGCACUCUGCUGAGUCAGCGCAGGCUGCUGCAGAGAAUCGGUUGCGGUCGCAGACGUACUCUUUGGAGAACCAGAAGGUAUUCUUGAAGAACGCGUACGACGAGAUCGCACAACUGAAGAAGGAUGUCGCGCAUCUUCGUCAGCUGGAGGCUCAUUACAUCGUCGAGCUCGAGUCGUCGAACGCCGCCGUGGAUGGCCUCAGAGAGUGUUCCGAUCGACAGGAGAAUCGUGUCAGGGUGGCCGAAGACUCGCAAGCUCGGGCUCUAGCUCAGUUGAAACGUGAGCAGGAGGUCUACAAGGCGGCCGUUGCUUCGUCAACUGCUCAAAGCAGGCGCUUGCACGAUCUGCUGGCUCGCUCGGACGCCGCCGACGACACCGCACCAGCUCGCCUUCGCCGCCGCAAUGAGGACCUCGAAGAGCAAGUGAAGCGGCUGACCCGUGCCAACAAGACGCUUCGCGCUCACGUGCAGCUGGAGGAAAUGGACCCCGACGUCCUGGUCCUCGCCGUAGAAGGUAUCUCGACUGGUGAACUCAAUUGGAGCUUGCCGGAUCUUACUCCCGAGUCUCUCGCGAUUUUGCAGAAGCAGCACCGUACAGCAGACCGCUCCAAGCCGGACAGAGAUAUCGCCGAAGACUUGGCUCGGACUGCCUUCUCACUGAAUGACUCCAUCGGGGAUCCCUUGCGCAAGGACACUCCCGCUGGUGCAAACAAGACCACUCUGGGGCCGUCUGCCACUGCAGUCAAGAAAGCUCGCGCGUCGCGUCGGUCAUCGUCGUCUCCACGGUUCUCGCCCCGCAAGAGGUCUCGCGAAGACUCGGGCUACGUCAGUGCUGCUGCUUCCCCAGCUCGGCCGAGUCGCUCAGGGUCGAAGGCUCGCAAGACUUCUGCCGAGUCAUCGGCUGGGUCAUCGGCGUCAUCGUCUCCCGUGAGGAAGUCGUCGGAGAAGCUCAAGAAGUUGCCCAAGAAGCGGAAGGAGUCUCGCUGGACACGAAGUCGUUCUGCGUCGAUGCCUCGCGGCUCUCCGGUCUACGCGCUUCAUCGGUUCCAGUGUCUCUCCCCCCACGAGUCCUGCUCCAGUCGCGAAGGCUACUGCGCCCUCUGUUCCUGGUUCUGCGCCGUCUGCUGUUUCUGCGGAAACUCCUGCCAAGCUGUUGUCCCAGUCUCUGGUUCCGGUGAUGAUCCACAAGUUGGUGGCUUGAGUCAUCGGGCUGAUCGCGGAUGGACGGACGAGCAGUUAGCUUCAGUCGAGCAGUCUCCGGAGGUACCUCAGUGGUUCGGAGAUGACUCGGAUGCUGGAUUGACGGAGGGUCUGGUUGACGACUCAGUGGUUGUUCCAGCUUCGUCACCUCUGGUUGCUGACGGUCUGUCGUCAUCGGAUUCCACUGAUCUCUCGUCACCUGCACCAGCUCUGCCUCCUGCCAGCGCUGAGUCAUCGGCUUCUCUUCCGCUUGUUCCUGCAGCUUCUGCUGAGCCGGCGGACACCUCGGUCGCUGUUUCAUUGGCUCACCGGCCUGCAAAUGCGGCAUCUCAGAAGGUUCCGACGACUCGUUCCCGAGUGCUGGAUCCAGAUUGCAAGUUGCCGACUUCUAUUCCCGGGGAUGCUCGGAUUGCUGCCACGACUGCUGGUAUCAAGGCGUUUAAAGACUUCAAGAACCCGUACCACCCUUGGCAGCAGCUUCGCCGGCUUAACGAGUAUUGGAGCAACUUUCGAGGGUACGGGGAUCCUGACGAUAUUGAUCUUGGGUUCUCGGAUUGGGAGCGUUACCACUGGAUUCCGGCUCCGGCCGUGGCGAAGGCCAAAGUUCGAGCUGAGCUGGACGAGGCCAAGGCUGAGUGGUUGGCGUAUGCUGCCGAACGGAACAAGCGCUGGGAUCGGUUCCGAGCCAAGAUCAUCUACCAGGUCUGGAGGUGGUUUGUCAGCAAGGAACCGAGGUUCGCUGCUCUCCACACCGAGUCUUUGUUUGAGCCUUCUAUGCUGGGUUGCCCUUUCGACAACCUCACGUGGCUGCCCAAGACGACCGACUGGGUCAGCGAGAUUUCAGCGUUGGACGCGGCUGAGCCGUGGCGUAAUGGCUGGGUGGAUGUUCCUGCCCAGCAUCCGUACAACACGACGUUCUUCCCCUGCAAUCCAAGGUUUCCGCUGUUCGUCCCUGCAAACACCACGCGCGAGGAAGUCGGGCGCCAGAUCGUCGUUUGUCCCGACCUCACGCCAAACGAGAUCGCGGCUGAUUCGGAUGAUGGUUUCUGUGAACUUGCCCAAGCUUCCGACGAGUCUUCGGGUCCUGAGCCAAGCGAGCCUCCGGCGUCUGCAGCUACUUCUCACGUGGCUCUCGACAACUCGGACCACCUCCGGGUGCUGGCGCAGGCUGCAGCUUCUGCUGAGUUGCAGGGUGACGCUCGCGAGGAUCGUGACGACUAG